AUGGAUGACUCGAGUGUAAACAUGGAGGACGACGUGCGGAGGGAGAAGACGCGCGUGCUCAACACUCUGUAUCACGAGUCGCGGCGGGAAAUCGAGCUCCUUAACAAACAGAUCUGCGUGAAGGACAACAUCAUUGCGGAUUUAAAAGCCAGGCUGGGGAGACACGAGAGGAUCUACAUGGCGGUGGGGGAGGACGAGCCGGUGGGCUUCAGUCCGUCCAACUCGCUGGUGGAAAGUUUACUCAAAGAAAUGUGCAAACUGAAACAGAGGAGGGAUGAUGCUGAGUUCACGGCGGCUCGGAAAGCGGAGGAGAUCCAGAGGCUGAACCUGCAGCUCCGAGAGAAGGAGCUGGAGCUGGAGAGCAUCAGGUGUCAGCCGGGCCACGAGAAGGACCGGGAGAUCCACAGGCUGCGCUCGGUUCUGGAGGAGAAGGAGCGGGCAGAGGCCACCAGGACCGUCCUCUGCACGUCACUGGCCGAGGAGGCUGAGCAGCUGCGAGGCCAGCUCAGUGCAACCGUGAAGGUGUGCCAGGAGCUGCUGGCCAGGCUGGAGAAGGAGAAGAAGGAAGACAGAAGAGGAGGAGAAGUGGAGGAAAUGUUCCAGCAGCAACAAACAAAGGAGACAUCAGAGUCUUCUGACCCGAGUGCUGCCAAGUCCCAAGUUCAUCAGCUUCAAGAGGAGAAUCGACAGCUAAAGCAGCGCGUAGCUUAUGUGCAGGGUUUGAACUCCCAGUGGCAGAAGUACGACUCCAGCAGGGAGGACUACAUCCGAGGUCUGUGUCAGAGGCUGAAGGAGAGCGCUGGGCAGGGCUUGAUGCCUGCGGUGGGCUCAGUCAGCACGGGGCUGCUUCACCAGGAGAUCUCCAGGCUCAACGCCUUACUGGAAGAGAAAAUCAGACAGUGUGCGAGGCUGGAUAGAGAAGUCGAGGAGAUAAAGCGGCAAACCCAGGAGCGAAUCCAGACACUGGAGCAGCAGGCCCUGAUUUACACAGACGACUUCAAGUCGGAGCGUGCUGACAGGGAAAACGCACAGAGUCAGAUCGAUGACCUAAAAGAGCAGAUUUCUCAGCUGAAGCAGAAGCUACGCAAACAGGGAGCGAGCAGAGAAAGCAGGGACGUGGGCUCAGUGUGUCGUGUGCACAUAGGACACAGGAUCUCCUCGAGGAGAAGUAAGGACUCCUCGGAGCCUCUGUUAAGGACUUCUCCUGAAAGGCAGCAGCAGCCGCCAGCGCUGGCAGCGGCCGCCACGGCAGCAGAACUGACAAACUGGAAUGAACUCGCGGGCCUGUCAGAGAUCCAGUGUCCACACUGCUCCGCCAGGUUCACCGACACAAACUCAAAGUGCAUCAACCACUUGGAAGAGUGCGGCCGUCUCUAAGCUGAACAAGUUCGUCCUUUAAGGCGGUAUCUCACUGGGCUGCGACUAGUUUGUGAACCACGCUCACGGUGACGUCUCCAGGACGUCUUGCAACGUUCGCAGGGUU